AUGUCAAACUGUGUAAAAGUGAAUCCCGACUUACAAAAAGAAAGAGACAAUUGCACAUUUAAUGUGACGGAACUAACUCAUCUUAUUGAUGGUGGACCACAUAAAACUGAUGAAAGAAAGAAACGAGAGGAGAUGGUAUUUAAAGAGGGGAUUCAUAUCGACGAUGUGCCUUCGGACUAUCUCAGCCAUAAGGAGAAGUAUGAGUUGGCGGUGAAGAAAGCAUGCAUGCUGUUCAAAAUGUUACGCCGACUCCAGGACGAAGAGAAUGCUGGAAUGGAAAACUAUAGGGCCCUUUUGGGCGGGAAUCUCGGCACGGCCAUACUUGGCGACGGAUCGCCUCUGACUCUGCACUACGUGAUGUUCAUACCGACGCUAAUGGGACAGGCCACCGUCGAGCAGCAAGCCUACUGGAUUGGCCGAGCGUUCAACUUGAGCAUCAUUGGAACAUACGCACAGACCGAGCUGGGUCAUGGAACUUUCAUCAGAGGGCUGGAGACCACGGCGACCUAUGACCCGGCCACGAAGGAGUUUAUACUUCAUAGUCCAACCCUAACCUCCUACAAAUGGUGGCCCGGCGGACUGGCGCACACGGCCAACUACUGCGUGGUGAUGGCCCAGCUGUACACCCUGGGCAAGUGCCACGGCAUCCACCCGUUCAUCGUGCAGCUCCGCGACGAGGAGAGCCACGUGCCGCUGCCCGGGAUCAAGGUCGGCGAGAUAGGCGCCAAGCUCGGCAUGAACGGCACCAACAACGGCUUCCUCGGCUUCGACCGCGUCAGGAUACCGAGGGAGCACAUGCUGAUGAAGAACUCAAAGGUCCUAGAGGACGGCACUUACGUGAAGGCGCCUAGCUCGAAGCUCACCUACGGCACCAUGAUGUUCGUCAGGGUGAUGCUGGUGCACGACGUGUGCAACUACAUGGCGAAGGCCGUCACCAUCGCCACGAGGUACUCCGCAGUGCGGAGGCAGUCGCAGAUAAGGCCGGACGAGCCGGAACCGCAGAUCCUCGAUUUCGUGACGCAGCAACACAAGUUGCUGAUCGGCACCGCGACUGUCCACGCGUUCCGCCUCUGCGCCGGCUGGCUGUGGGACAUGUACAACAACGUCACCGCCGAACUUGAGACGGGCGACAUGGAGCGUUUACCCGAACUGCACGCGCUCUCGUGCUGCCUAAAAGCGAUCACUACGAGCGACGCGGCCGCCUGCGUGGAGCGGUGCCGUCUGGCCUGCGGCGGCCACGGGUACAUGCUCUCGUCCAAUCUGCCCCUCACCUACGGCCUGGUCACCGCCGCGUGCACAUACGAGGGCGAGAACACCGUCAUGCUGCUCCAGACCGCCAGGUACCUGGUGAAGGCGUGGCGAGGCGCCUCCGCCGCUCUGCCGCCCACCGUGGCCUACCUGGCCGAGGCGCGGCUCAGCCGCCACGCGCCGCGCUGGCGCACCUCCGUCGACGGCAUCGUCGCCGGCUUCCAGAGCAUCGCCGCCGGAAAAAUCAGAACGUGCGUGGCGCAAAUCGAGAAACGCGAGAAGAGCGGCAUGUGCUUCGAGGAUGCCUGGAACAUGACCUCUGUGCAGUUGGCCUCAGCGUCAGAGGCGCACUGCCGCGCCUUCAUACUGUCUAGCUUCCAAGCGGAGACCGAGAAGCUGGUGGUGACCACCUCGGCAUCUCUGAAGGCCGUACUGCUGCAGCUUGUGGAACUCUACGCGGUAUACUGGUCCCUACAGUGUCUCGGCGAUCUGCUACGAUUCACGUCGAUAUCGGAGCGCGACAUAGAAGAACUUCAUAAUUGGUACGAAGAUCUGCUGGUCAAGCUGAGACCUAACGCUGUUGGUUUAGUGGAUGCCUUUGACAUUCGCGAUGAGAUCCUGCAUUCCACUUUGGGCUCUUACGACGGUCGCGCUUACGAGCGGCUCAUGGAGGAGGCGAUGAAAAGUCCCCUCAACGCUGAGCCAGUCAACCGCAGCUUCCACCAAUACCUCAAACCCUUCAUGCAGGGCAAGCUU